CUUUUCCUCAUUAUCUGAUAUCUGGGAUACUCAGCUCUCAGAGCUCAACAGCAAUGGCUUCGCCUUUGCCUUCGGCCCUCCCUCGUCUCUCACUACUUUCCAAACCUUCACCACCUCAACACCACCGCCUUCUGCUAGCUCCGACCCGACCCCAACUUUCCCGGUUCGAAUGCUUGGCCGGGCAGACCGGGUUCUUCACCCGGCUCGGAAGGCUUAUCAAGGAGAAAGCCAAGAGCGACGUAGAGAAGCUCUUCUCCGGCUUCUCCAAGACUCGGGAUAAUCUCGCCGUCAUCGACGAGCUCUUGCUCUACUGGAAUCUCGCUGACACGGAUCGAGUCCUUGACGAACUCGAAGAGGCUCUGCUGGUAUCAGAUUUUGGUCCAAAAAUCACAAUUAAGAUUGUGGAAAGUUUGAGGGAGGACAUAGUAGCUGGGAAGCUGAAAUCUGGAAGCGAGAUAAAGGAAGCAUUGAAGAAGAGUGUGCUGGAUUUGUUAACUACAAAAGGGAGCAAAACUGAACUUCAACUUGGAUACAGGAAACCAGCUGUGGUUAUGAUUGUUGGAGUUAAUGGAGGUGGGAAGACAACAUCUCUUGGAAAACUGGCUUACAGAUUGAAGAAGGAAGGGGCCAAGGUACUGAUGGCAGCAGGGGAUACAUUUCGAGCAGCUGCCUGUGACCAGCUGGAGAUAUGGGCUGAGAGGACGGGGUGUGAGAUUGUUGUGGCUGAAAAAGAGAAGGCUAAAGCAUCAUCAGUUAUUUCUCAGGCUGUGAAGAGAGGGAAAGAACAAGGGUAUGAUAUUGUCUUAUGUGACACCUCUGGACGUCUGCACACUAAUUACAGCCUGAUGGAAGAGUUGAUUGCAUGUAAGAAAGCUGUGAGCAAAGUCAUUCCUGGCGCUCCUAAUGAGAUCCUACAAGUUCUGGAUGGGACGACAGGUUUAAACAUGCUUCCGCAAGCAAGAGAAUUCAAUGAGAUUGUUGGGAUAACUGGUUUGAUAUUGACAAAACUUGAUGGCUCUGCUAGAGGUGGCUGCGUGGUCAGUGUGGUAAAUGAACUUGGCAUCCCUGUAAAGUUUGUGGGUGUUGGUGAAGGUGUAGAAGACCUCCAACCCUUUGAUGCAGAGGCCUUUGUUAAUGCCAUAUUUUCAUAACCCUAAAGGAUGGUGAGUGUCGCAUCAAUUGACUAUGUCCUUCUGAUCCCAGAUGUUAGGGAUUUUUAUCAGAUGCUUUUCUCUCCCUGUAGAGAAUUACACAAUCCCUUAAAUCUGUGUGUGCUGGCGGCGGGUCCUUGUCCAGCCACAUAAGCAACUAUUUAAUUUGAUUGGGGAAAAUGAGGUCAGGAUGAAACUUCACACGUCGAACCACACAUUUAGUCUUCAGAUGAUCAGGAUAUUACUGGCAUACUGUUCACAUGGCAAUUUUACUUUCCGGUAUCAUAUUGCUGCUGUUGGAUGAAACUCGACUAAAAUUGAUGCAAAAGUUGUGAAGCCUUGAGCUGCAGGGCGGUUGCUGCUGUACAGGAUUGAAGCGUGGUUCUAACCCUUCAUAUGGCACUAAGAAAUCUAUGAUUGAAUUGAUGGCUUGCUCUGCACUUGAAUUGAAAGUGUAUCAACAUUUCUCUCGUCUCAGAGAACACAAUGGAAAUCAUGUCACCACUGACAAGUGUGUGAUAUGUCGUUUUCCUUGCUAAAUGCAUGUUUGAGCAAUGAGUUUUAAGUUGCCAGCCACAAUUACUCCUCCAUUAUUUAUUUUAAUUAAAAUUCCAACACAUAUAAUUAAUUUGUUAUGUUAUGCUU